AUGGUGGACAUUGUGACGACGUCGAAUUUCCACGCGACGCUUCUGCCAGGGCUCGUGAGUGUCGUGUUUGUGCCGACAGAGCACAUUUGCCACAGUAGCUGGUCGCUGCUCAAUCUGUUGCUGUACAGCGGCUGCAGGUUUGACGAUAAUGAGCGUGGCUGCGUGCGCACAGAUGGCCACGUGUGUCGCUCGACAGCGACGGAGAUAUUUUCAAUCGUGUCGGAUCGAGAAGGCGUCACGCUGUUCAUGGACCCGAAUGGCAUUGAGAUAUUUCAACGUGCAGGCAUGCGGGACCUGAUCACUGUCGCGCCCGUGUCUUGGCGAGCCAUUCAGAUUCACUUGGGGCCCAUGGUGGCGGAGUUUCCGGGUGUUGUGAGCUUUUUGUCCAAGCUACUUGCAGACGACCACAUUAGUAUCCUCAAUAUGAGCACGUACGACACGGACGUCAUGUUCGUCCAAGAAGUGGAUUUGGACGCUGCCAUAUCGUGUUUGCAGUCAAAGCUGUCUCGCGGAUUGCAUGGCUUGAAAGAGGCAAAGGAUGCAGAGAGCGCGCUGCUUGACCAUGAUCUGAUGCCAUCAGCUGAUGACUCGGGAGGAAGUAACGAGGCGACCGCGUUAGAACUACCUCGUGUAGGAGACGGCCAGUACCUCACCGUGUAUUCCGAGUCCUUUGUUCUCGUGAGGCUUCAGAAAGACGCUCUUCGGGCUAGUGCGUACGGGCUCACGCAACUUGUAUUGUCGUCUAGUGGGUCUGCGUCAGGCGAGACGUCGUUCUGGUGUUGCUGCGAGACGGCCGAGGAGAUUAGCCUCAUCAUGGACGAGCGUUGCGUGCCGUCUUUUGAGAAAGACUCGCUGAUUGUGUCACCGGAUCGGUGGCGGGCGAUCAAACUUAGCGGACGAACGUAUGGUUUUGACGAGACCGGUGUGGUGGCAGCAAUGUCGGGCUGUAGCACGGAUACACAGGUACUUAACGUAAGUUGCUUCGGUUCCAACGUUGCUUUCGUGCUGGACGACUUGCUGGACGUUGCCAUUGAGACACUGUGCUCGUCACUGGAUAUUUCGCGAGUGGAGAGACAGAGGAUGUGA